AUGGGAGGACAAGGAGCUCAAACUAAUAAGGAUUUACAGGAUACUCAGAAGAAACAACAAACCCAUAUUGAUAAAACUAAUCAAGAUGUGUUGGACAUGAAGGAACAGCUGAAUCAAAUUCUUUUGCAAUUACAGAAUGUAAAUAACAAAGAUAGUAAUCAAGGGGAAUCGUUUGUUGCACCAGCGGAGGGAAGUAUUGUACCAGCUGUUAAUCAACUCACUGAGAAUCGAAGUUUCAACAAUUACAAUCAAUUUCCUAAUCUAUACUUUCCUAGAUUCGACGGUACCAAUCCUAAAGGGUGGAUUCAAAAGUGUGAAAGAUUUUUUCUCCUUCACAAUAUCAGAGAGGAGACUCAGAAAGUGCAGAUGGCAGCGGUGCACAUGGAUGGCAAAGCUGAGAGGUGGAAUUUUAACUUACAAACUCAUAGAUUUAUCUUGUGUUGGUUUGAAUUAGCAGAACAAGCCUGUUUUCGUUUUGAAAACACAUCUAAUGACAACAUCGUGGGUAUGUUUAAUAAAUUAGCUCACACAACUACAGUAUAUGAGUUUUUUGAUGAGUUUGAGGUUGGUAGAUCUUUAAUGAUGACCAUACACCCUGAAUUUCCUGAAAGGUAUUAUGUGAUGAGUUUCAUUGGAGAUCUUAAGGAGGAAAUCAAAUAUAAUGUGCUAAUGUUCAACCCCACUACCCUCAUGAGAGAUUUUGCUCUAGCAAGACUGCAGGAACACUCCUUACCUAACCAACAAAAACAGUCAAAACCCACACCAAAUUUUUUCUCCAACUCUUUUUCCAUGGGUAAGAAGAAUUACCAGUCUAGUUUUCCACCAAAGCCCUUAUCCAUCCCUCUUUCAAUUCCCAAACCACCACUUCCACCUCUUACUCCUAAGACAAGCCCCACCCACCCUCCCAUUAAAAGACUUACCCCUGAACAACUCAAAAUCAUAAAAGCUCAAGGACUUUUCUAUAAUUGUGAUGAGGUGUAUAGACGGGGUCAUGAAGAAGAGUCUGCCUCUCCAGUGGACAGUGAUAUUGAGAUUUCUCUACAUGCCCUUACUGGUACUCAUUCUAGUGAAACAAUUAGAAUCCCUGGUGUGCUUAACAAACAUUCUAUUUCUAUUCUCAUAGACACUGGUAGUACCCACAGCUUUAUUGACUCUUCUUUGGCUCAGAAAUUAAACUACAAUGUACAACCUACUUCUCAUAUGGCUGUCACUGUGGCUAAUGGUGACAAAACAGUCAGUUCAGGCAUUUUCAAGUCAUUAAACUGGUUCAUGCAGGGUCAUUCAUUCUCUGCAGAUUUGAGGUUACCACCUUUGGGUGGCUGUGAUAUAGUUCUGGGUGUUGACUGGCUCAGACUUAUGGGUAAUGUUCUCUUCAAUUUUACUACUUUGACAGUUUCCUUCAUAUAUCAGGACACUGAAAUUUCUCUUACUGGUAUUUCUAAUUCUCCACUUCUUAAAAAAAAUCCACAUGGACUUUGUGCACAGUUAUCCUCCAUUUCUGAUGCACCCUCUCCCUCACCACCUCCACCUAAAGUUGCAGCUUUAUUGCAAGACUUUCAAGAUGUUUUUGAAGAACCUUCAACACUUCCACCUCAUAGGAGUCUUGACCACACUAUUCCUCUCAAACCCAAUUCCACUCCAGUUAACCAAAGGCCUUACAAGUGCCCUUAUGUUCAAAAAUCUGUCAUUGAGGACUUGAUCCAAGACAUGUUACAUCAAGGCAUCAUUCAGCCAAGCCACGAUCCAUUUGCCUCUCCCAUUUUAUUGGUCAAGAAAAAGGACAACAACUGGAUAUUUUGUGUUGACUAUAGAAUAUUAAAUGAUAUCAUCAUUAAGGAUAAGUUCCCCAUUCCUAUAAUUGAUGAACUUUUGGAUGAGCUACAUGGUGUUGCAGUCUUCACAAAGAUUGAUCUCAGCAAGCCCUUAACUGAAUUGUUGAAGAAAAAUGCUUUUGUAUGGUCUGCAGCUGCUACUAAUGCUUUCAAUCAACUCAAACUGGAAAUGACUACUACUCAUGUCUUAGCACUUCCAGAUUUUUCAAAAAACAGGAAUAAGCAUGAAAACACUUUCCCUGCUGGUCUUCUACAGCCACUUCUUAUCCCUGAUCAAGCCUGGCAAUAUAUCUCCAUGGAUUUCAUUGAGGGUCUUCCCAAGAGUGAGCACAAAGAUGGUAUCUUAGUGGUGGUUGAUAGGUUAACAAAAUACAGUCAUUUCAUUGUACUUCAACACCCUUAUACUGCAGUUACUGUAGCUAAAGCUUUCUUACAUCACAUUUUCAAGUUGCAUGGUUUACCCUCCUCCAUCAUCUCUGACAGGGACAAGGUCUUCACAACUACUAUUGAGGAGUAUCUUACUCACAGGAAUGCUAUGCUUGACAUACUCAAGGAAUCCCUGUCUGGUGCUCAAGAUAGAAUGAAGUUCUUUGCAGAUUAG